AUGGAUACAUUCUACAUUGUCCCAGCAGAAACGUUUGAUUGUGACGUGAUUCUGGCCGCUGACGGGUCCACGGAGCGUCAAUUUCCAUCAGAAGUCCAAGAAGCACACUCACCGCAAGCACAUUAUCAGCGAGGCAGCCUCAGAGAAAUAGAAGAACUCGGCUUGACCAUUCCUCCCUCUCCUCAACAAAAUACAAAUAUACUGCCUCAAAGAGCAUACGAUCGUGUUCAGAGUUACCGAGAAGCCCAAAGCAUGCAAGCGGUUGCACAGUCCACCCCGAUUCCUCAUGCCAGCCAAACUGAGCAAGGACAAGUUCACAGAACUGCGCCUGUUGCCGCCCAAGGAACUUCGAGUGGCCAUCUCCAAGUACUUGGCUUGUGGGACCAAACAUUACUUCAAAUGUCAUUUGACCCAAAUGCCCCAGGAGAAGCCUUCUAUCAAGCUUUUCACCGCUGGGCAGUACGGCGGAAUCGCAGUGGGGACAUAGAGCGACACAGGAUAACCCUAUGGCUCAAGACGAGCAGAGACACACCUGAUGAGACAGCCUACGAGCUUAUUCUGAAGGAGGGUGACCUAGAGGAUCUCUGGGGGAUGGCUGUCGACUGGAUACAGGGUAACAAAAACCCAAAGCCUCCGCAUCUCUACGCGACCGUUGAGCUUCAAGCAGUGUGA